AACGGUGCGUUUUAUACACCGGAAAAUAUGGUAAUGUUUUAUAUCUCGAUGCAAAUGACUCAUCUUCAACAACUUCUAGCUGCUUUCAUUGGUCGUGGUAUUUUUGCCAUUCCAACAAUCUAGUUAACUGCUCUUUCUCCACAUGCCUCAACUUCAUGCUUCACUACUUCUCACUGAUAUUGCUUUGUAACGGCUGGAACUUUUCAACACCGAUGGGUGUUUGGUGCGAUCCUGCUUCUCACACAUUACCGUGCAUUGAAAACUGUGGGUAUGGACGUCUUCUCUCACUUUUUACCGCUUCUUCAGCUGCUGACAGCAAAACAAGCAGCCUUUUUAUGCCACGGUAACUUUGCUGUGUUCAUAAGCAAAACGCCUGCGGUGAUGGGUCCCUUGAAAUCUGCAAGCACAGCGUCCUUCGGCGAACAAACCCAACUACAGAGCUGACAACUUGCUGAGUCCAAGGAAGACGGUGGAACUGAGAGUCGGCAGCGUCAUGUCGUGGAAGAUUCUGUGGACUGGAGGACGGCCAGAGGUCGCCACCGAGCCGAAGACAGUCGCGGAGGUGCAUCUAGACAUUCUUCUGAAGUUGAUAUUCAGGAGACACGGGAAGACCGGUGGCCCGGACCGGAUGGACAACGAUCCAGCUACAGUUCCCGCAGCUGGCUCCAGGGGACACCUCAGCGGGACGGAGCGAGGCAGCCGGCAAAGGUCCGAAGCGGAUCUCUCGACGGCUAGUCGCGGCUCGUUGGAUCACUACGCCGAUCGAGACCAGUGGUCCGGCCGCAGCAGCAGUACCACUGAAAAGCCGGAGGAGGACAAAACAGGAGCCACGUACGUCCGGCAGCGUUACUAUUCGAUCUCGUCGAGAAAAGUCGAAGGUGUUGCCGAGUCUGCGGCAGAUCUGAGCAAGCAGGUGGGACACGAGACUUCUUUGGAGCAUCGUCGAGAGGGAGGCGGCGGACGCCAGACCGAAGUAGGAUCCUCGGAGCGCGUUUGGACUUCAGGCCGAAGAACUGGCUCCGGGGAAGACUACGGAAGCUCGCGCUGGAGGCAACAGCACGGUUCGACGGCGGACGGCAGGGGUGGGUCCGACGCCACGACCGAAGGUCCAUAUCGCUCUCGAGAAUGGGACUGGCGAAGUCGCACACGACGUCCCAGCACUUUCGAUCAAGACACUCGGACCGGUGGAGACAUGUCGCGGACCCACGUGGAGUCUUCGGAAGUGGGUGGAGCACACCGAACCUACCAGAGGUAUCGGGAAGGCACAUCGAUCCGCGAGAGGCACCGCGUGGCGUCCACGGGUUGGCGCAACGCUUCUUCCGAUCUCGGCGGCGAGCCGACGGCCUGGGAAGAGGACGCCCGACGCCGGUACGGAACCCAGGAAGGCAUCAAGGGAGGUCAUGGUUCGUCGGAGGACGGUGGAAGGUCCAGCUACUCUCGGACGUCCUACACGCGUCGCACCAAUGGGACGUCGUACCGUGGUGGGACCUACUACUCCCGCUGGGCGGCGGGUGGACGAGAAAACGUCACCACCACCGGCGGCAGCUCCUUGUCUUACGGGGCAAGCCGGACCAGCGGAACUUACGGGGGAUCUGAAGACAGCCUGUCUGGGUACACGCGGCGGGGGACGACCCAGGCGCCCACCGUUAUCGAUCGGGUGGAUGUCGUCGUGGAAGAGAGGCACCCUCUGUCCGGUAACAAGAGGAGGUUUUUGUGGGGACACUAACGUGGUGCUGGUACGACUGUUGGCGCGCGUGGAGGUGACAAC